GUUACCCCGUAGUACACCUCAAGCAACAGGCUACUUCAGCAUAACGACAGAACUGAGCUGACAGCAGAAGAGCUACCAUCAAACGACCAGAUGCCGAAUUUCACUCCCAAAAGAAAUAUCUCCAAACCCGUGGAUAUCGCAUGGACCGAAUCACAAGUCGACACCCAAACAACCUCGACCACCAAAAACAACGCCAUCGGCCCCAACAAGCGAACAAAGCUGGUCAAACUGUUAACAGACGCCCUCAAAUCUAAUAAGGCAUCCCAUCAAGGGGGUGAUCACGUGCAAGCCAGCCAAGCUUCAGCAAGUGAAUCUAUUGUCAACCCCAACGAUAAUACUAAGGCCACCGGAAUCGAAACCGACAAUACCAACGACAAUACCAAGUCAAACAAAAUAGUCCCCACACUCAAAGAAAAGCAAGAACAAGCAUGGAAACUCAUUCAUGAGAGACACAACCAACGAACAUCACUUGUCGACCACUUCAACAACCUUCGAAAACCUAGUCCUUUGGAACCAGGUUUCCGCUCGCUGUCACCGGGAGCAAAGAAUCGGUCAGACGCUUACCAUCGCUUCCUCCAACGCGGUGCCUUCAGCAAAGUCAACGCCAUCGUCGGAAAACGGAGAGAGAUGAUCCGUCAGAACUCUUGCUGCAAAGACAAAUCCUGUACAGAGAACUGCUGUGCAGACAAAUCAGAUAAAAAAUUCACAAAAGCAACCCGGGACCCUAAAAAUCAACACCUUUACGCUUCCCUUCGAGCACUGGGAGAGGAAGUCUCGCAGUGGCAAGUUCGUGUCAAUCACAAACACACCGAUAUCGUUGGCGCUGCCAUGAAGAAUAUCUAUCCCGAGGAAGUUUGGCUAGAGGACCAGAAAAUCAUUGCUGGAAAUUGGGAGAGUCUCGAGUGGGUUAAGGGACAGAUGGAAGAGAAGUUGGAGAGUAUGGGGCCUAGUUUCAAGGAGAUUGAGUGGGCGGAGGAGAUGGCGAGAAUUGAAGAGCAAGAGCGCUUGGAAGCUGAGAAGAGCAGUGCAAUUAUCGACGACGCUACGGAGUCGGAUAUUGGAAGUGACGACGAACUCGACGAAUCUGAGGAUGAGGGCGAAUUUCCACACUUAUACACGGAUAUCCCAACUCCACCAAGAUCACCAAUGGAGGUUCCCACCGAAGAGUACCGUGCCACGGACCGGUCGAAGGCUCUAUUCCAACUUCUCAACGGACCCAUGACACCACCACUCACACCCAUCAUUGAGGACGACGAACCGGCAUCCCAAACAUCGGAAUUCUUCAACCCAGACGACAUUGAAUACCUCGAACCCGGCGAAGCAUUCGAAAUUGCAGAGCCCACCGUUAUCAAGGAGAAGAAUGAGCUCAGAUUAAUCAACGCACUCAUCACCGACCUGAGUGAAGAAUUCAUGAAGUACCGAAACAUCACUGACAAACACUUCGGCGACGACUUCUGGUAUGCCGCCAAUCCGGAACCUGAACAAAUGAGCCAACACAACACCUGCUCUUGGAGACUCCACCACAUAUCGGACUCCGUCAAAGACGUAUUAUUAGAAGCAACCCAAAUCGCCCCGGACCUCCGUGUCACCGAUCCUGAGGGCAAUGUGUACACACUCGAAGAAGUCACCCCUAUCAUGGACGAAUACUUCGCCAACCACGUCGCCAAAAGAGAAGCAUUUCAGGAGGAACAGGAAGACUACCUGUAUCAGAGCGGACAAGAGACAGAUGGGCAGUUUUACGCACGACAAGAGCAUUUAAAGCAGUGGGAAGAUGAGUUCAGACAAAAGGACGAGCUUCUUGCGAUGAAGGACAAGCUUGCCGAACCAGAGGCAGCCAAUCAGAUGGAAGAGGAAAUUGAUUUCGAGGAGGGCGCCACAUGGGACGAGACACCAUAGCCAAUCGAGGACGACACAUUAGACGACAAAAACAACGACACAGAGACAGCAAGGGUUAUGGACACAACGGAGAGGGGGGUUUAGCUAGAGCAGUAAAUAUAACGACAAAAAGUUACACACUCUCAAACUUAGUCUGCGCUUCAUACUCAUCCCA